AUGGCAACACCCAGCGAAACCAUCCUGAUAACAGGCGCCUCGUCAGGUCUCGGUCUCGCAUUCGUAAAACACUAUGCUUCUCUGCCCACACCCUCGUCAUCAACACCACCACCCACCAUCAUAGCGCUGGACAAGCAGCCCUUCCCCCAAACCACAAUUCAACCCCCAACCCUGCACUUCCACCAACUCGACCUCACCAGCGCGUCGGAGCUGCAAUCCCUCGCCUCGCGCUAUGCCCGCACACCGCUGAGCCUCGUGAUCCACUGCGCCGGCAUCCGCGGGCUCGUCGCGUCCACCGCAGCGCAACAAGCAGCAGGAGAGCGUGAAGUCGCUCGGGCAGAGACAUGGCAAGUAAUGGACAAAGAGACGAUGAUGCGUGCGUUUGAGAUUAAUACCUGGGGAACGUUUAAUCUCAUCCAAGCUUUCUUGCCCAGUCUCCUUCUUUCUUGUUCUUCGACGCCGGCAGCACGGCCAAGAGUCGUCGUGCUUUCUUCGCGCAUGUCGUCGAUAUCGGCGAAUGCGGCUGGCGGCGCAUACGCGUAUCGGGCUAGUAAAGCGGCGCUGAAUGCCGUGGUGAGGAGCUUCGUGAUUGAUGUUCCGCGUGUGCAGUUUUUGCUGUUGCAUCCCGGGAGGGUUGAGACAGGCUUGGUGGCGUGGAAAGAGGAGGGCGCUGUGAGUGUGGAGGAGAGUGUGGGAGAUUGUUUGACGGUUUUGGAGAGGAUGGGAAAGGAGGAGUGGGUGAGUGGGAGGCUGGUGGAUCGUUUUGGGGAGGAGAUUGCGUGGUGAGGAGGAAUUAUAAAGGGGAUGGACAAGAUGUUGUUAACUGAUUUUUGUUUACACAUCUAGAGGCUGUGGACAUACUAGGGAUGAUGAUGCCGAAGCUUCAAAGACAAUCCAUAAUAA